AUGGCCGACUUAAAGUUCAUCUCGCUUGACACAAAGCCCACCGCUCAGAUCAGCUACAGCUUUCAUGAAGCCGCACAAGGAGCGCGGCCAUUGCUCCUUGUUUGUCUCAAUGGACUGGGACUCCCACAAGAGGCCUGGAGCCCUGCAAUUGCCAAGUUCAAGGAGCUUCAGGGAGCUAGCUUCCCCGCCAUCUUGACUUACGAUCGUUAUGGUCAAGGACAAACCGUGGACCGAGAUCCCAAUGAUGCGAACGCUGCUGAUCCCUCUCACGGACACGAUGCCGUCGCUGUUAUCCAAGAUCUACGCCAACUCAUCAGUCAGAUCGCCAAGGACAAGCUAAACAUCCCCGACAUAAACAGUUUGCCUCUUGUCUUCAUGGCAAACUCCAUUGGGUGUGCGAUUUCUCGUCUUUACGCACAAGAGUACCCUGGAACAGUGGCUGGACUCCUGUUACUUGACAGCUAUAUCGCCAACACAGACUUCGUCUCCGCUUUUCCAGACCCCGAUGCCGAGGGCUUUGAUCUCAGUACUCUCCCCACUGGUAUUCCCUUACAGGCUCUGCGUGGUACUCGAAUGGGUAUGAAGAAGAUCUUCCACCCCGAUGUUGGUAAUAAGGAGGGUUUUAGCCGCAAGAACUUCCGAUCUCUACUAUCUGAGAGUGAUGGUCCUGCUUUGAAGGGACCAGGUGGUCAUGGUCCUUUCCUCACUGUUGUCGGUCAUGACUUUGAUACAUUUGCGGCAGAGUCAGUUAAGAUGGGUAACUCGGAGGCUAUCAUUCAAACGUAUUUCAAUCCUUACUGGCACAAGUACAAUGAAGGCUUGGCCAAAAUCACAGACGCGGAACGGAGUAAAGGCCCCUUGCAGGCGCCAAACACGGGUCAUUUUAUUCAGCGUGAUAACCCGGACUUUGUGGCACAGGAAUUACAUGAGUUGGUUUCGAAAGUCGCUUCAAGUGCGGUACAAUCCUGA